AUGAAGAAUAUUUUGAGAGACUGGAAUUGGAGUAUGUUUGGUAAUGUAAAUGAAAAAAUUAAAGAAGCAGAAGAGGAAGUUCAGAAAGCAAUGGAGUUAUCAGACAACAAUCCUGCUGAUACUGAAAUGUUGAAUAGAUUGGUUAUGGCUGAAAAUACUUAUAGUUCUAGAGAAGUGCUUCUCAAAACAAUGUUACAACAAAAAACUAGAGCAAAAUGGGUUAAGGAGGUUUCUGCCAAUACUAGCUUUUUUCAUACUAAUUUGAAGAUUAGGCAAUCAAGAAAUUUCAUUACUAAGAUGAAAGACAAAACUGAAGAAGAUGAUUCUCUUGUUGAAGUCAUUCCAGAGGUUAUUACUGAACAAGAUCAACAAAUGCUUGAUGCAAUUCCAAAUGCUGAAGAGAUAAAGGAAGUUAUUUUUAGUAUGGAUCCAGAAAGCUCUCCAGUUCCAUAUGGUGUUAAAUCUCCUAAUCAUUUCAGACCAAUUGGUCUUAGUAAUGUCAAUUUCAAGAAAAUUACCAAAAUAAUCAAUAUAAGAAUGAGUUCUUUGAUGACAAAGUUGAUCAGUCCUCAGCAGGUGGCAUACAUUAAAGGAAGAAGUAUACAAGAGAAAAUCAUUUUAGCAUCUGAACUGGUGAAUGAAAUGAGAAAAAAGAGAAGAGGAGGAAAUGUGGCACUGAAACUUGACAUCUCCCAGGCAUAUGAUUCAGUAAAUUGGAACUUCUUAUUUCAAGUUUUAUGCAAGUAUGGCUUCUCAAAAUCUUGGUGUCAAUGGUUGCAAACCUUGUUUGAAUCUGCCAAGAUUUCAGUAAUGAUAAAUGGUGGACCACAAGGUUUUUUCUCUAUUGUCAACUCUGUCAACUCUGUUUGUUAUUAUGGAAGAUGUUUUGAGUAG